CGCUAUAAGGGCCGUUCGCCCGCGCGUAGAGUUCUUUCCCCUUCGGUUCGGAAGCUACCGAGAGGCGCGGCUCAGCGUCUUCUUAGGCCAAGAUGCCGGUCGCUAGAAGCUGGGUAUGUCGGAAGACUUACGUGACGCCGCGGCGGCCCUUCGAGAAGUCUCGCUUGGACCAGGAGCUGAAGCUAAUCGGUGAGUACGGGCUCCGCAACAAGCGCGAGGUAUGGCGAGUCAAGUUCACGCUGGCCAAGAUCCGCAAGGCGGCUCGGGAGCUGCUCACGCUCGAUGAGAAGGACCCGCGGCGUCUGUUCGAGGGUAAUGCCCUGCUCCGGAGGCUCGUCCGCAUCGGCGUCCUGGACGAGGGCAAGAUGAAGCUGGAUUACAUCCUGGGCCUGAAGAUCGAGGACUUCCUGGAGCGGCGCCUGCAGACGCAGGUCUUCAAGCUGGGCCUGGCUAAGUCCAUCCACCACGCGCGGGUGCUCAUCCGCCAGCGGCACAUCAGGGUCCGAAAGCAGGUGGUGAACAUCCCGUCCUUCAUAGUGCGCCUGGACUCCCAGAAACACAUCGACUUCUCCCUGCGCUCGCCCUACGGGGGUGGCCGGGCAGGCAGGGUCAAGAGGAAGAAUGCUAAGAAGGGCCAGGGAGGAGCCGGUACCGGGGACGAUGAGGAAGAAGAUUAAAUGUGUGGCCCCCUCCUCCCCCCCAAAACCUGAUUACUUUGGAAUAAAGCGCUUUGGCCUUA